AUGGACGACGGCGGAUUGGGGAUCCGGAACUGGGGCGGAUACUAUGACCAUCAGCCUGCGGUGAAGGGCUUGGGGCUGAAUCUGAUGUCGAACAUGGCGGCCGGAGAGGGGGACACCAAGCCGCUCCUUCCGAAUGGGACCUUCCUCCAUCGCGACUGCGGCGCUCUUCCUGAUCAUCCCGUCUCCAUGCAGUACAACAACUGGAUCCGCCCUCGAGACGGCAACAGGAUCCUCCAUGUGAUGCCCAAUUACACAAUGCUCUCUGAUCCUCAAGCUUCGGGGAAUCCCCAAACUCUUCAGAUGCUGCAGCCGCCGGACUCGGCCCCAGUCUCUGAUGCGGCGGGCGGCAGGAAGGAGGGACCUCCUUCGAAGAAGAGAUCGCAGGGUGGCCGCCGCAACAGCGCCCCAAGGGCGAAGAAGCCCAAGAAGACUCCUGCGCCGCGAGACGAGAUGGGGGGGAAAUCUUCUGCUGGUCCUCGGGCAAAAGGUGCGAAGAAGAGCUCGGGGAUUGUGAUCAACGGGAUAAACCUGGAUAUCUCCGGGCUCCCGACUCCAGUCUGCUCCUGCACGGGCACUCCUCAGCAAUGCUACCGCUGGGGCAUCGGUGGGUGGCAGUCAGCCUGCUGCACCACCACUGUUUCGAUGUACCCGCUUCCAAUGAGCACGAAGAGGAGGGGGGCUCGAAUAGCAGGGCGGAAGAUGAGCCAGGGGGCAUUUAAGAAGGUGUUGGAGAAGCUCGCAGGUGAAGGGUAUAAUCUUUCCAAUCCGAUUGAUCUGAGCGCCCACUGGGCCAAGCAUGGGACGAACAAGUAUGUGACCAUCAGGUGA